GGAAACCAGUGACGGAUUGGCGCGCGAGCCUGUUCGAGGAACCGUGCGCGCGCACGCUGAGGUAAUGUUUGAGUCUUGUCUACCUGCCGUCGCUCUGUGCGCUGUAAUCACCAGCCCACGGGUGCUGCUCGUUCACGGAAGCGAACCGCCCGUUCUCGGACGUCACCGGUAAUUUUGAAGGGCAUGUCGGGGCGCUGCUGCUGUUGCCUGCGUGUUUAAGGACAGCGGUGAGUGUUUCUGAGAUGUAGCCUCCUGCUGAAUAAACCUCUCACCAGCACCGUUCCAAAUCCACCUGCUCCUCCGUUCUAGUCCGCUGAGAGGAAAAGGAAGGUGCUGAGAUGCCGAUGGUUCUCAGCAGAGGCGACAGAAAACAGAAGUUCGGUGUUUUUGUGUAACAGACAGCCUUCUUAUCAGUUUUACAGCGAGACGUCGGACUGAGCCACGUCUACACCCGCCGACACGGUUCCUUUGCAUAGAAGACCCCAAACAGAAAUCACAGAAAUGAACCAAGAGAAUCCAAACCAAAAGACGACACAAGAAGACGACCCGGUCCGUGGGGCGGAGGCUUUACCAGCAGCCCCAGAACCAGACGCAGCGCCUCCUGCCACUCAUCCCUCCAUCCUCCCGCCUCCAGCUCCCCUUCGGCCUCGGCGGCCACAGAGGAGCUCCAGAGUUGAAGGGUCUGUAGAUAUCUCAGAACCGAAAUCUGAAGCCAAAGCUGAACCCACCUCAAUAACUAACGAGAACGAGAACUCACCUGAUGGUGCUGCAGCGAGCCACCCCAAACCCGCCUGCCCUGCUGCACUCGAACCUCCAGAAGAGCACGUGGGACUGAGUGCUAAGGCUGCUCCUAAGGGUCUGGGUCACCACCCGCAUCCUGUGAGGGCUGCCUCGGUGCCCCAGCCCCCUCCCAGCAGGCCAGUUCCCUCUCACCUGAACCCACAUGCACACAGAGCCCUUUCUGUGGCGGGUACUGCUGACACCGGGCCUCAGAUUGUGGAGGACUUCAGGGUGCACAUCAUCACCUGGAACGUGGGCUCGGCCACGCCGCCCGAUGACAUCACGUCUCUGCUGGGACUAAACGUGGGUGACGGUAACACAGACAUGUACAUAAUCGGGCUGCAGGAAGUGAACUCAAUGAUCAACAAAAGACUGAAAGACGUCCUCUUCACAGACCAGUGGAGCGACGUCUGCAUGGAGAGACUAAGCCCGUUUGGUUAUGUUCUGGUGACAUCACAGCGAAUGCAGGGGUUGUUACUUCUCAUCUUUGCCAAAUAUUUCCAUCUGCCUUUCCUCCGUGGAGUCCAGACUGAGACCACCCGUACCGGCCUCGGGGGUUACUGGGGUAAUAAAGGUGGCAUUAGCGCUCGUAUGUCAGUGUUCGGUCACAGCGUCUGCUUCCUUAACUGCCACCUGCCGGCUCACAUGGAGAACUCGGAUCAGCGUAUGGAGGACUUCGAGAGCAUCCUGCAGCAGCAGCAGUUUGAGGGCCAGGCGGCCGUCGGGGUGCUUGAUCAUGACCUUGUGUUUUGGUUUGGAGAUCUCAAUUUCCGUAUUGAGGACCUGGAUAUGCAGGUUGUGAAAUCAGCUAUUGAUAACAACAAGUUAUCCAUUUUGUGGGAAAAGGAUCAGCUGAACUUGGCGAAGGACAGUGAGACGGUGUUGGAGGGAUUCCAGGAGGGGCCGCUGAAAUUCCCUCCCACCUAUAAGUUUGAUGUUGGAACAGAUACGUACGACACAAGCGGGAAGAAACGUAAACCAGCCUGGACUGACCGGAUCUUAUGGCGCCAGAGAGCCACUGCACCUGCUGCUCCGAGCGUGGGGAAGCGUGGUUCGAUUUCAGGGCUGACCAGCGGGAUUAAAGUAAUGCAGCAUAGCUACCGAAGUCACAUGGAAUACAUCAUCAGUGACCACAAACCAGUCUCCUCCAUCUUCACCCUGCAGUUUCCUUACAGGGUGGAUGUGCCACUGGUCACCAUCAUAGUGGAGGAUGAGUGGAACAGUAUUGAAGAUGCAAAAGCAGCAUUCAAACUGGCGCCCAACUAUUCUCGCAGCUCCUGGGAUUGGAUUGGAUUAUACAAGGUGGGUUUCAAGCACCACAAGGAUUAUGUGGGCUACGUGUGGGCAAAGCAGGAGGAGUCUGACUUUUAUCGGCAGGAACAUCAGGUAAUCUUUACAGAGGAGGAAUUACCCAAAAGCUCAGGGGACUUUAUCUUGGGUUACUAUAGCAACAACAUGAGCUCCAUUGUGGGCGUAACAGAGCCAUUUCAGAUCCAGCUUCCCACUACGGAACACGACAGCAGCUCUUCAGACAGCUCUGACUUCAGCUCAGAAGAUGACAGCACUGUUGUCAUGAAGAUGAGGUCCCACAGCUCCAGCCCUCAAAAAGGCAAAGCCGGCAGCCAUCGGAGCGGCAGCCGCAGUCACUCAGGAAGCCGCUCUGGCAGCCCGACCCAGGCCCAAAUAAAGGAGCCUGUUACUGCUGACGGCGCCACCGCAGAGCGCAAGUCUGCAGGAGGUCCAGCAGAGGGCAGCAGCACUCAGCAGUUCAGACCUGGGGAGGAAUCAAGAAAGUGAUACAACACAGAAGCCCUGUUGUUGUUACAGGUUACAUAACCAACUGUUGUCUUUAUUCCAUACAUCCACUACACUGUAUGACUAAAAACAUACAGUUAGUGAUGCCAUAUGUUUCAGGAACAAUCAUCUGGUUUGUCCAGAUGGUUUAAAUGGCCUUGAGUUUAGUAUUUUGUUUAUUUUUGAAGAUGUGUACUUUGCAUGUUUGCUUUUAUUUGUAUACCCUUCACUCUGUCCAGUUAUUACUCUACCUUUGUCCGUUCUCAGGUAUGGACAGAACAGGGAGCUGACGGCGAAAUUAGAAAUCACUCAAACGAUGUAAGAAGUGCUUACCGUCACCAUUCAGGAAGUGGUUUAAAGCUGUGCACUGAUUACCUAAACUGGUCAGGAGAGUCCAAAUAAGUAACAUGGAGUGUGACAAAAUUUACACUUGGUCACAUAACAUUUCUCUCAUCAUCACUCUAAUUCCUCUCUGGGAUUAAAAAAGUAUUUUUGAAUUUGAAUUGAAUUGAAUCUGUCAGAGAACUGUUUAGAUAAAAAGCUUCAUAUAGUUUAUUUCCAGCUUUGUCAAAAAUAGCAAGUUUCUGCGAAUGGAGAAAGCCGUACGAUUAGAUGAUAUGGUUGUGGUUCGUUUAGAGCACACAACGUCUAUUACACAGAAAGGAUUUUAAAGGAGUAGCAUCCGUCCUGGAACCAGAAAAGCGAGCAGAACCAAAAGUUGAGAUGAUAUUUGGGAAAGUUCAGAUUAGCACUGCAACAGUGAGCGCAAGGGCCUUUAAGUAGACCACCAGGAUAAGAUGGGUGUCAGGGGUGAUGCCAGCUGUUUACAGCACUGCUGUCCUGCCAGAACCGAGCGUUGGCCACUUCCUGCAGGCUGGGCAAACUGCAGCAGUGCCUGACCCGGUUCACCAUGACCUGCUUUUACACAUCCACUCUAUACUUGAUUUUAAGCCAAUCCACAAUGCAAACACACACUGUUUGAUUGCAUCUUUAAUAUGCAUGAAAAGUGCAGCUUUUUAAUCAUGUUUUCAUGUUUUAACCCCCCAAAAAAGACAAAUUUAAUCUGGGAAUUGUACAAAAAUCACCACAGGGAUUUCUAUUGGGCUUGAUAUAAAUGCUAAAACACUCAAUAACACAAUGCUAAAACUUUCUGUUGAAUUGGCCUCAGCGCUUUGCUUAUUUAGAACUGAUAAACUCUUCUUUUAUCGUAUCGGGUCACCAUGUUUAUGUUUUUUUAAUUCACACCUGUCCCUAAUAAUCCUGACUAACAAAAAUCUCUAUUGUUGCAUAAUUACUGUGUGACCGUUUUCUGUUCGGACAAGAUUGUGGGUGUAAUGUGUUUAACCUGUAUGUGUGUGUGUGUGUGUGUGUGUCGUGGAUGCUGGAGGUGUGUGAGUGUGUGAAAAACUGCUAUUGAAGGGUGACGGGGUUGUGUUUGCAUGGUUUGCUGCUGGACACACUGUACAUUCCGGUACUGUGGUUUUCGUGCCGUGAAGUGCUGUUUUUGACUCCUCUUUGUCAUAUUUGUGACUGUGAAAGUUGUUAGAAAACACAAUAAGGACAGUAUGAAAUUUAAACUUCGGUGUAAGUGUUAGUACUAGAGGUAAAGGGUAGUCAUACUUGGAUCAAAUCAAAUUGUUGAAAUAUUAUAGUGAAUUCAGAAACUUCUUUUGAUUAAAAAUAAAAGAAUGAAUCUUAAAUUUGUUAGAAACUUCAGAUAAUUUAAGUAUGUAUGUUCAGUACUACAUUCAUGACAAAUGACUAUUGUUAAAUGUCUACUGUUUUGUAAUUUUGUGGCUAAGAUUUAGGAAAAUGUAUGUAAAGAAAAAAAACGCGAGGUUUGUUAAAAAUAUCAAAUAUAUAUAAUAUAUAAAUAUAAAUAGAAGACAAUCUGUACCACAGAUUAUUUUCCUUAAAUUAUGUAUUUAUUUUCUUAUUUAACUUUUAAAUGAGCCUGAAUUCUGCUGGGCAGUGACGAGCUUUAUUUCAGGGCAAAUAUCGAGAUAAUAUUUGAGAUAUUUAUUAUUUUCUUUGUCUUUGAGGAAUUGUAUUGAGAGAUUAUUUCUUCUAUUUCCAUCAUUCAGAUCCUGCUUUUGCCAUCACAAGUGUAGAUUUAGUCUACAUGUGUUUGUAUAAAUGUGAUUCAAAUAUAAUAACAAAUUAACAAACCUGUGAGAGUUUGAUUGAUGGUUUAUCAAGAUGUUUUAUCUCUGUGACAUUGUUGAAUCAGAGCAUUCAGAACGUUGUUCUGGGUUCUACUUUGUUCUCCAACCCCAAAGUUAGUCCAAUGCUGUCCAAAGAAUAAAAUGUCUACUUUUAAGCUGU